CGAGAUUUGCGGUGGGGUGGCCAGAUCCAAAAGGUGUGGCAGCCGUUCCAUCCUUCGACCCUUCUCGCAAAAGGCCUCGUCUGCAAUGCAUAUUGCUACACAACAUUCUAAUGUAUCCGACAUACCUUGGCCUCAGUCUUUGCGAUCCCAUCCUAUUUUCGACCUUUCUGAGGAGGUUCAGCAACCAACAAAUCCUAUAACAGGUCAGUUCGAUCUCAUUGGUGACAUCAAAUAUCUUGCUGAAGCGCGUAAUCACCAUGAAUUACUGCUUGUUGAACUCUCUACUCUUGCUCUGACGCGCUAUCUUCAUUUCUGGAUCGUUCCUUCUCCUGUUUUGCAACCCACAACAAAAUCUGGGUGCGCCCACAAAAUAAAAUCUCGAACCGAAACAGCUCGUCAAAGACGAUCCCGUGUGCUGUUCCGGAAUUCUGACUUGUUGGUGGCCAUAAACAACCAAAUACGCAUCACAAGCUUGCUCGAUGCCAAACUGCCUAAAGCGUCUCGCACAUACAAGACCCUCCAUGCACCGAACGUACAAUUCAUAAUUGAGCAAAUGGCGUUGAACGCCGACGGCAGGCUACUUGCAGUCGCAGGCUCCCACCACUUGGCAGUAAUCGUUCUACCAUCCAGCGGUAGAGGUGGAAGAGCUCCAACUAUCGAAUGCAAAUCCAUCCAAAUAGCACCUUACUAUCAUGGCAACAAAGGCUCUGCGAAGAUAGUAAAGAUAGAUUGGCACCCUCUGGGUCAUGGAAAUACUUCUCUGUUUGUCUUAACGGCUGAUGGUGUCCUUCGGGAAUACGAUCCAACAGAAGAUGCAGAGGAACCUCUCCAAACAUUCAAUUUCGUUUUAAAGAAGAAGAAAAGGAGUACAUUCAAUAUGGAGAGUCCUGACUCUUCGGAAGCUAUUUCUUUCUCUUUUGGAUGUGGUCAACGAGAUACGAUUGGUGCUAGAGGUUGUAGUGACUGGACACCAUUGACUGUAUACGGUCUUAUGAAAGGAGGAGACAUCUAUGCACUCUGUCCAGUCUGCCCUAGUCGAAUGCAUGUGGACGCAGCUUUUCUUCGCUCGCUUGAAGCAUACGUUCGUGGGAAGGAAGCUCUUGCUCUCCAAGAUUCGUCACUCAUGAACUCUCCAAUACCUGCCUUCCAUCUUUCUGCUUCAUUUUCUUCCUCGACCUCCUCGACCGUUACAUCGACGUCAGAGCUAGAUCUCCCAACUAUUUAUGAUCACCAACGAAAGUAUAUGUCAACUCUCAUAAAACAACUACCGCAAGAAGAAUCAGCAGAGGCUCCCGCUCCUAGCGGUCUGUUCAAGGAGUCCUCCCUCUCUAGUGUCUCAACACAAUCCGUGGUGUCUACUAAAACUCGCACUAAUGUGUCUCAACUGGUUACAGUUACUGCUCCCAACACUAUCAAACUCGAGGUGGAACCACAAGGUCCCUUCCGCUUCCAACCUGCUCCAGCACCUAGCUCAGCACCGGAUUGGGAUGAGAUAGCCACUGAUAUAUUCUAUUCAACUCCUACUGCCCAAGGAGAUAAGUCAUCCAACGACAAGCUAUCAUCCAUAGGCAUCUUGAUGGUCGCUUUCGCUGAUGGGCGCGUGGAUGUAUGCCUGGACUUGAUCAAGGUAGAGGCAGUUUGGACACGGCCGGGAGCACCUCCUCAUUCGCCCCUUCUAGUGGUUGUUGAGACCAUUGACUUGGAUUUUGUAUCAUAUUUUCGUCCAGUCGCUCCACAAUAUCCAGGUUCCUCGUCGAAGCCAAUUUCAGGCCCAACACGGCCAGCAGCAUCGGCCCUUCAACCACUGCUAACAUCCGCUCCACUUCAUCCGCGUUUCAUGGCCCAAAAUUACGUAUCACUGAUACCAGACCCAAUAUACGGAGAUACAGUGUACUUAUAUCAUAGUUUUGGGGUCCACGCUAUUUGGUUUGGGUGGCUCAAGGGAUUACAAGAGUCCCUUGCUUUAAGUCUUUCUAAAUCGGCAGACGAAAGUUUUGAAGUCCUUCAAGACUUUGUCAGCAAGAAACUUGCAAAAGAUGGCCGUGAGGCAUCUACUGUCGUACAAAUGUUGGACGUGGUAGAUGUAGCCUUAAGGACUACCUUCCCAGUCACUGGCUUUACUGUCUCCUCCGACAUCUACAUAGAUUAUUCUAUGCUUUCUCUAACCUCCAACCAUCAAGUAGUCCCGGUUGAACUUCAAAUACGGUUCCCGGAUCCGCAGCCAGAUAAUGGGCCCUCCAAAGAAAGUUUUGGAUCACUUGCCCAGUCAUCAGACUUUACCAAAUCGUCUGACAACAGGGACCCACCAACCUUGGCAAUUCCAAGCAAUUCCAGCUCCUACCUUAGUAAUAAACCAUUCACAGGUUUGCCCCACUAUCGACCUCCAAAUCUUCCUCCUGUUCCAAAGAUAGUAUUGGGGCGAAAUGAAGCGAAUCCGGGCGAGCUGCGGCAGUUUGCAGCCGCUGUUGCAACAUUGUCGGAAUACCAUAAAGUGAUACAAACGCUGCCAGCGAUAUUGGAAGAAAGGGUCGAACUGUUGACCUUGGAGAGAAAUCGGCAAAUUCAGACAGUCAAACAACUUCGAGGUCAACUUGAAAGAAUUGCUGGGAAGGGUGCAACGGGAAGUGGAUUACAGAGACUCAUUGCGCGCACAGAAAGAGCUCACCAGGUUCAACCCAUGUUAGUAAAGAGACUCGACUGGCUCUUACAGCGUUUGAUGGACACCUACAACGGUGCUCUUACCGAUGGUGAGAAAGCAUGGUUCCGUGAAUUGAAGAGGAUGCGAAAAGAUGUUGCGUAUAGUGCUGAUGGAAAUUCAUUGCUAUCGCGAGCCGAUUUGCUUUCCAAACAAUUGGCAAUACUAUCCCCUGAUCUCCACGAUAUCAAAGAAACGGAGGACGCCAUGAAGAAGCAGCAGAAUGGCGGGGAUGCUUUAGGAACUAGGCAGAUGCUUGAUCUAGGUCGUCAGUUGGGCUCAGAAGAGAUACGGGUUAAAGAAGCCGUUCAAAAGAUGAAAGAGCUUGCAGCUAGGAUGGGAAUUACCAACGUCGAGCCACCAGAAGACGAAGAAUAA